AUGAGAGUCUCAUCCCUCCUCGCCACCUUGGCCGCUGCUGGCACUGCGCUCUCGAGCGCAAUUGAACUUCCGGCCGGCGUUCCUCGUAACAUCCAGGAGUUUCGCGAGAAGCACCCUUACGAGAAGCGCGGAAAGGACUGCCACCGCAAGACCUACACCAUCCGCGCCUCCAAGAACGACCUGGACGACAUCUCUGAUGAGUUUGUCGAGGGUCUGAAGAAGGCCAACAACGGCGGCACGCUCUACCUCCCCGCCAACCAGACUUUCAUCAUCGGCAAGCCGCUCGACCUGACUUGGCUGAACGAUGUGCACGUUCACUGGGAGGGUGAGAUCAAGUUCACCAACGACACUCCCUACUGGCAGGAGAAUGCCUUCACCCACCCUUUCCAGAACUCCAUCAUGUUCUGGAAGUGGGGUGGCAACAAGGUGAAGCUGUACGGAGAGGGUGUUCUCAACGGCAAUGGCCAACGGUGGUGGAACGAGUUCGCGGGUCUUGAGAUUCUUGACCCUGACAACACUUACCUGCGUCCUAUCCUGUUCUACGCCGAGAACGCGACUGGCCUGUCUAUGGAGGGCCUCCACCUCAAGGACUCGCCUUGCUGGACCACCUUUGUCGUGACUUCCAAGGAUAUCUCCUUCAAGGACGUCAUUGUCACCGCCGAGUCCAACAACGCCACUGCCCUUCCCAAGAACACCGAUUUCUUCGACUCCCUCAAUGUCGAGGACGUCCGCGUGGAGCGCACCUGGGUUAACAUCGGCGACGACUGCUUCUCGCCCAAGUCUAACGCCAGCAACAUCCACGUUGACACCAUGUACUGCAACGGUACUCACGGCCAAUCCAUGGGCUCCCUGGGCCAGUACGCCGGCGAGAAGAGCUUCGUCAAGGACGUCGUCAUCGAGAACGUCUGGAUGCUCAACGGCCAGCACGGCGCUCGCCUCAAGACCUGGGCCGGCCCUAACGUCGGCUACGGUUUCAUCGACAACGUCACCUUCCGCAACUUCUGGCAGGCCAACAACGAGUACACGGCCUUCAUUGACUCGUGCUACUUCAACAUCAAUGCCUCAGUCUGCGAGCAGUACCCUUCGCAGAUGAACAUCUCCAACAUCUUGUUUGAGAACUUCUCGGGAUAUAGCAGCGGCAAGUAUGGCCGUGCCGUUGCUAAAUUGACCUGCUCAACCAACCCCAACGCUGUUUGUGAUAACAUCCAGUUCAAGAACUUCAACAUCACCACACCCUGUGGCGGCGAGCCUGUCAUUCUAUGCGACGGUAUCAAGGGCGGCAUUGGCAUGCCUUGCAUCCCGUCCAACAGCACUGAGGCCAAGGAAGCCCUGGCGGCCAAGUGCACAACGGCGUUGGCUGAGGCUACGCCGUGGGUUGUCAGACCCUAUGACGCUUAG